GUUGACAGUUUGUGUACACCACCACAACCAAACCUCAAGAAGCUCAGCAGAAAUAUACUACACAUAAUAUAAUUGUUUAUGUGUAGCAUUAAUUUAUUAGCGAUAAACAUUAACAUGGCUCAACAAAAUACUAUGAAGACAAGGGCCCUUGGUAAGAACGAAAUACUCUUUCUGCUUGACUUGAUUUCCAAGCAAAAAGUAAUUACUACUAAAGCUACGAAUGCCACAAAUAAUAAAUUAAAGGAAGAGGCUUGGAAAUCUAUAGCGCAGGAGUUUAGUGCGAUGGCGGGAGAAUUGCGGCGUCCUGAGCAACUACGCUUAAAGUGGGAAAACUUAAAGAAGUCGUCAAGAAAACGCAAUGCAUUGAUAAGACAAAAUAAUUUAAAGACUGGAGGUGGAAAGAUGUACAUCCCUCCCGAUGAAGCACUAGAUCGUGUAACAUCUAUGUUAGGUGCAACAUGCACGGGGUUCACUGUGGAAUUUGGUGGUGAUGGGGAAAGUGAAAUGAUUCCACCAGAUGCAGUGGUGGAACUCAUGGACUUACAACCUUUACCGGAGCAUUCAGAAGCUGUAACUAGUGAUUUGGUGAUGGGAGAUGGUGGUAGUGCUGAGUGUGGUGGUAAUAGUGAGAAAAUUUUCACACCAAAAAGAUUUACUUUUAAUAAUCCUUACAAACCCUGUAAGUUGUAGCUGUAAUACUUAACCUCAGUUGUUACUAGAUAAUUUAUAAUUUUGUACAACCAACUUCAAUAUAAAUUAUUAAGAAUAACUCAAAAACUAUUGGUCAGACCUUGAUCAAAUUUAUAUGAGACCACAUAUGAAGCACCAGCUUUUAAAUAAAAAAAGAAUCAUAGAAAUCGGUUCACCCAGUAAAAAGUUAUGAAGUAACACACAUAAAAAAAACAUACAGUCGAAUUGAGUACUGGCUCCUUUUUAAAGUCCGUAGACAAAACAGACCGCCUCUCUAUGGUCUAGUAGUGUGAUUGCUUGUUGCAGGUUUUGCUACAACUUUGUGUAUUUUUUUCUGAUUAAUGAGGAAAAUCUAAAGGCUUACCACUCAAUUGUCUGACAAAUAAGAUAAAUUGUGAAAUAGGCUAUAGUAGUUGGUUCUGGGUAAUCUCUAAUGUAGUUUGGAUAGUAGUUGUUACUAAUGUUUUUUUAUGUCAUCUCCUAUGCCCGAUCUCUGUGGUCAUCAGUCAUCAAUUCUAUCAAGCUAGGAGAGUGUAAAAUAUGAGAAUUUAACUAUGUUUUUUAUUUUCACAGUAAAGAAACGCCAAAAACCCUCUGAAGAACUAUUACGGGCUCAGAUAAGCAAGGAAUUAGCCAUGGCUGCUUAUUUUGAAGCCAAAACUGAAGUGGUUAAACUUGAAAAAGUUAAACUGCAGCUAGAAAUAGAAAAAUUAAACAAGUGACUUGUGAUUACUAUAGUACUAAUGUUAAGAUUUUGUAAAUAGUGAUAAUAAGGUGUAUUUUUUAUAAAUUAUGUAAUGUUUUUGUUAAGUUCAUUCUAAAAUAAAAUCUAUUUUAUACAUUGAUUUUUAUUUGACAUUUAUUAAAUAAAAUAUAUAUUGAAAUAAAGCACAUUUAUUCUAGUAUAAUUUAACAUUAUUUACACAUUAAAAUUCUUAUAUAAUUAAACAUAAUUUAAACACUAAAAUAAUUAUUAAUUAGCUGUUGUCUGACACUGUGAUUUUGUUGACCUAUCCCUUCAGCAUAGGUAAUGUCACCUGAUUCUUGCGGCAUUGCAACUUCUGGAUCUACAUCUCUAAUAUUAUUUAAUCUGCAGAUGUUGUGUAAUACAGAAGUGGCAAUAAUAAUGGCCUGUGUUGUCUGCAUAGCUACACGGAUUUUUAAAGAGAGUAUUGGAAAGCGCCUUUUCCACACACCAAAACAUCUGAAAAGUUACAAAGUAUUUUAUAUUAUAUUCAUG